AUGUCACGAAGUAAAUGUCUGAGUGAGGAAGAUAUGCUCCGUAUAUUAGAAAACAGUGAUGAAGAAGAAAAUUUUAUGCAAGGUAUCGAACCUGCUGUAGAAGACGCAGAUGAAGACGAUUUAUUGGACACUCCACUCCUGCCUUUCGAAGAAAAUGUGUUUACCAUCAGACAAUUUAUUGAGAACACCUAUCCAGGUAACAUUUCAAUUGAGAAUUCGACAGAUUUUUCCGAAAUUAAUUCUUACUCUAUCCAACCCCCUGAGAUGUCGGUCCAGAGAUCUGUUAGUCCUACUCCGGCUCAAAUAUUGCCUACGACUUGGCAAAAUAAUAUACGACAUUUGCCAAGAGAAGAAUUUACGGGUUAUGCUAAUGGCAAACGUCAUGUACGGCUAUUUUCUGAAAAUACAGACCUUUGGACUAUUUUUUCUCAUAUUUACAAUGAAGAUGUCAAUCAAUUGAUGGUCGAAGAAACAAAUCGUUAUGGAUCUCAAAUGAGGAUGAAUCGUAAUAAUAAGCCGUCUAGUCGUAUAAAUAGAUGGAAACCUGUUACUUCGGAGGAAAUAAGAAAGUUUGUGGGUAUAUAUUUGCUUACAGGACUUCUGAACUUCCCUUCCAUUGAAUCUUAUUGGAAAAACGAUCCACUAUACUAUCAUCCACUCCUCCAUGACAUGAAAAUGUCUUACAAUCGAUUUACUCUAAUAUUGAGAUGUUGGCACUUUUCUAACAAUGAAGACCAUAAUUUGGAUGACAGGCUGUACAAAAUACAGCCGCUAAUAAAUAAGCUCAUAAAUAACUCGCGGAGCAUAUACACUCCUGGCGAAACAAUCGCUGUGGAUGAAUCGAUGGUCGGUUUCCGAGGAAGACUUUCGUUUCGCACUUAUAAUCCACAAAAAGCCCACAAAUAUGGCAUAAAAAUAUACAAGUUGUGCUGUUCUAAUGGAUUUACAUGGAGUUACUCUAUAUAUGAUGGACGGUCACACCAAAUGCCUGGUUUAGACAAACCAGGUACAGUUGUGGUGUCUCUGGCUGAACUGUUACUGGAUGAGGGCAGGAUCCUUAUUGCUGAUAAUUACUAUACCAGUAUACCUUUGGCGAGAUAUCUCAAGGAACGCAAAACUGAUUUCUGCGGCACAGUCCGUAAAGCAAGGCGUGAACUUCCACCACAAGUAAUUCAACAGAAACUUCAAAAAGGUCAAAUAGCUGCGCAACAAAACGAAUGUGUGAUUGUCCUAAAAUGGCAUGACAAACGCGAUGUUCUGACUUUGUCAACGUGUCAUACCCACGAGAUGCAAAUGUCACAAGGGUUUCGCCCAGUUUUGAAGCCAAAAAUGGUACUAACUUACAACGAAGGCAAGAAGGGAAUUGAUAUUGCUGACCAGCUCGCAAGCUAUAAUUCGCCUGUUCGAAAAUCAUGUAUAUGGUACAAAAAAAUAGCGGCGGAUCUUUUGGCUACAUGCGUGGUCAACGCCAUUGUAAUUUACAAUCAAUUGCAUCUAUCCAACGAAAAAAUUACGCUGCUGCAGGGUAAUGAAUGUAUGAUAAAAAAACUAACUAUUAUUGAAAACGUCAGACCAAAUGCAAGUUCUCUCAUCGUUACGACGCGUCACAACAUCACACGUAUACCAAACAAUUCCCGAGGUAAGCCACAUCAAAAACGAUGCGCUGGCUGCUAUCAAAAACUGAAGGAAAGUGGAAACACGGUAAAUGAAGCAAGGAGAAAGACGCCAAAGGUUGUUACCGAAUGCAUUGCUUGUAAAAGAGGCUUGUGCCUGCCGUGUUUCAACGAAUGCCACUGA